AUGACUUGGAUCACAGGAUUGUUCACAAGUGUCAACGCCAGUUGGCCGGGCUCGUGCCAUGAUGCACACGUGUUCAGGACAUCAGGGCUGUGCAACAGGCUACAACGAGACAAUCUAUGUCUGGAAGAUAGGGUACUGCUUGGAGAUAGUGGGUAUCCUUUACGGCCAUUCCUCAUGACGCCGUUUAUGAACGCUGACACUCCUGCCAAGGAGAGGUACCAGCUAGCCCAUACUAGAACCCGGGUUUGCAUAGAAAGGGCCUUUGGUAGGCUCAAGCGGCGCUUCCACCUGCUGCACAGUGAGAUCAGACUAAGUCCAGACAAGGCCUGUCGCAUAGCUACAGCCUGUGCAAUUCUACAUAAUGUAGCAGUUAUGUUUAAUAUGCCAGAGGUAGAUGAUGUAGAUGUCAUACAAAACAUUGAUAAUAAUGUGCAGGAUGAUGUUGGAGUCAACGUCCUCGUUGUCCAUACGCCUCUCAUAUUUCUCUAG